CAAGAAUUUACAAGUCAUCGAAAAGUUUGGGACUGAAAAAGUAUAUACUGUAAUAAUUUCCAACUUACAAAGUACAUAAUACAUCUGUGUUAAAAUAUGGCGACUACACUGGAAGAUAAAUCAAUUUGGGAUGAUGGAGAGGAAUCGUUGGGAGAGGAAGUACUCCGUAUGUCCACUGAUGAAAUAGUGAGCAGGACGCGUCUGAUGGAUAACGAAAUAAAAAUCAUGAAGAGUGAGGUUAUGCGUAUAACUCACGAAAUUCAAGCCCAAAACGAAAAAAUUAAAGAUAAUACAGAAAAAAUAAAGGUCAACAAAACUCUGCCGUAUUUGGUUUCAAACGUUAUUGAACUUCUUGAUGUCGACCCACAAGAAGAAGAGGAUGAUGGAGCCGUUUUGGUGUUGGACAACCAAAGAAAAGGCAAAUGUGCUGUUAUAAAGACUUCGACACGUCAAGCUUAUUUUCUGCCCGUUAUUGGAUUGGUUGAUGCAGAGAAACUUAAACCAGGCGAUUUAGUGGGUGUAAACAAAGAUUCGUAUUUGAUUUUAGAAACUUUACCUGCAGAGUAUGAUGCGCGAGUAAAAGCAAUGGAGGUCGAUGAAAGACCAACCGAACAAUAUUCCGAUAUUGGUGGUUUGGACAAACAGAUACAAGAGCUGAUUGAAGCUGUAGUAUUACCAAUGACUCAUAAAGAUAAAUUCAAAACAUUAGGAAUUCAUCCACCAAAAGGCGUACUCUUAUAUGGACCACCUGGAACUGGUAAGACGUUAUUAGCCCGUGCAUGCGCUGCACAAACAAAAUCUACCUUCUUAAAGCUGGCCGGUCCACAGUUGGUACAAAUGUUUAUAGGCGAUGGUGCGAAGUUGGUGCGAGAUGCUUUUGCUUUGGCUAAAGAAAAAGCACCAGCAAUUAUUUUUAUAGACGAAUUGGAUGCCAUUGGUACCAAACGUUUCGAUUCUGAAAAGGCAGGUGAUCGCGAAGUACAGCGUACUAUGCUGGAACUUCUGAACCAACUCGAUGGUUUUAGUUCCACUGCUGAUAUCAAAGUUAUAGCAGCUACAAAUCGUGUAGACAUUCUAGAUCCUGCUCUAUUACGUUCCGGGCGCCUCGAUCGUAAAAUAGAGUUUCCACAUCCAAAUGAAGAGGCACGCGCAAGAAUUAUGCAAAUUCAUUCGCGUAAAAUGAAUGUUAGCACCGACGUCAACUUUGAAGAACUCUCACGUUCCACCGAUGAUUUCAACGGCGCACAAUGUAAAGCUGUGUGCGUAGAAGCUGGUAUGAUAGCGUUACGUCGUAAUGCAACAAGCGUCACACACGAAGACUUUAUGGAUGCUAUAAUGGAGGUGCAAGCAAAGAAGAAAGCUAAUCUGAACUAUUACGCUUGAACGGGAAUUAGAUUUAUUCGACUCAUUUUAAGUUGUCUUGCUAACAAUAUUUGUAAUUAAAUGAAAACGAAAUUCGAAAUAAAAAAAAGUAAAUCGAAA